UGUUUGGAUGAGAAAGCAGAGCCGCCUCCCCCCGGAACAGACGGUGUAUUUGCAGACGGUCCCUGGCGCCGCCGUCGCUCAGCUGGAGAAACAGAUCUGAUCAGAUCUGAUCAAUGCGGAAUAUCGGCCGGACAGGUAAAGUGCAACACAAAGUCCUGAGCUAGCGGUCCCUCACCAUGGAGGAGGGACCAGGAAACGUUCCCAGAACUCCGUCCCAGCAGAGAUCCGGAGAACCGGAGUGUGUCGCACAGAAAAGACCCCGAAGGAGGAAGAAGCAACAAGGUCCUGGAGAUCCAACCGCAAACGUUGAAGACUCGGAGAGACGGACGAGAAGGAGGAGACGUCCAAGAAAAAAGACGAGUGUCUCAAACGCUGAAGAAGGUGUGGAAGUGACCAAUGAGGUUCCAGGAAAGGAGGAGGAUGAGCUGGCGGGAACGACGAGUAGCCAAACGCAGACUGGUGCGUCUCCGGUGACACCGCCGGACCCCCAGGCCGCGAUGGAAGACGGCGACGCCGGCGUCGACGGGCGGCACCAGAGGGUCGGGCACCAGCAGGGUACCAGGACCGCGGACUCUCAGACUCAAACCAGGAAGCUCAAAGGCAGUAACAGAUUUACGCAGACGCCAGUCGUUCUUCGGAGGGACCAGGAAACCCAGACGGACCAGGAAACCCAGACGGACGAGUUUCCACGGCAACGAGACGACGCCGGCGUUAAGAAGGUCAAGGACGAGGACAAACGUGCGUCUGAACCUGAGCCGCAACACGACGACGCCGGCGUUGAGAAGGUUCCAGCAGGCGCUGACGAGGACAAACCUGAGCCGCAACACAAUGGCGCUAAUCAAACGCCACCGCGGCAAAACCAAGAGGCAGGCGAGGCCGACGCCCCGUCAGGGUCAAAGGUGGAAGGGGGCGGGGCUCCGUCCGCCGGGGUACCAGAACAACCAAAACCACCAGAACCGCCGUCCGCCGGGGUACCAGAACCACCAAAACCACCAGAACCGCCGUCCGCCGGGGUACCAGAACCACCAAAACCACCAGAACCGCCGUCCUACGCCAAGGUCGCUUCUGGAGGGAUUAAACAGUCCAAGUCGGCCACGCCCACAGAAACAGCUGGCCACGCCCACAAUACACGAAGUCAGAGUUCCAGCUCCACCUUCAGCAUCCACAUCUACGCCGUCCUGGACAGGAAGUUCAAGUUUCGGCAGGAACACGACACCCUGGCGCUGUUUUAUGAAGGCGGAAAUCAAGACUUUGAAAUAACACACUUUGUUGGAGUACAGAAGCUCGGGUACCUGGUUGAAGCAAGACUUGACAUCGAGGAAAGCAUGAGAGGCUAUUCCGUACACUACUGGUACGGUGUGAAACAAAAAAAUAAAGAGGUUUCUGCAAGUGCUUGGAGAUUCCUUCAGAUCCCACUGGACAAGAACAUCAAAGAGCUGCACGUGUACGAGGGCUUCAUUUCCUGUCAAGAUACUUUUUGGGGUAGGACCUUCCAAGCGGUUGGUUUUGCGAGAUCUAAAGGUGCGGAGGUUUCCGACGCCUGGCAGAGUUCAGCCGAGUUUCUGCUGAAGAGAAUCUUCCAGGAUUGGACCCCAACAGACAAGCAGAGCAGCGAGAAACUGAUUCAGAACCUGGAGUCUUUUAUCAGGAGCUUCCGUUCCAACCGGAUUAGAUACCUGGACAAUUCACAACCUCCCGAUAUCAAUGUGUCUGGGCUGAUUUCAGAGCAUCUGCUUCAUAUUCUGAAAGGAGAGCCGAAAGAAAACGUCCCUGACGGCUGCAAGAGCGCCGGCACUCUCGUUCUGGGCCUGUCGGUGUUCCUGCUCACCAGAAAGUUCAGGAUCGAGCUCGGAGUCGACGACUGGGCCAACAUGUGUCGGCUCGUGUCGUCGGACGAGGCGAUGAAAGAGCAAAACCUGCAGGAGCUGCGAUCCACUUUCACCGCUCCACAGUUCAUCGUGUUGGGUCUGGUGAACCAGUGCUCCCAGUUCCUGGUGGUGGAGCUGGUCCUGCUGCUCCCCCUGUUCUUCAGACUCACCAGUCCUGGAGCCGACGCAGCAAAGCUCGGGCCGGUUGUGGAGGAGGACGACUGGUCGGGACUCGCUCGUGUCAAUUACACCAGAUUCAGGGAGAACCUGCAGUCCUGCCCCGAGAAGAGAAGGAGGAUGUUUUCUCUGAUGAAGGAACAUUUAUCUGCGGCUGCAGAGAAUCCUCAGCUCCUCGUCAGCUGGUUAUCUCUCGUCGCGUUUGAGGAUCUUUCUGAGUUUUCAGAGUUGACAGAAGUUUCCUCCGAACACGUGAUCCAGAGUCUGUUGUACCGACUGAGAAGAUGUGCAGAAGAAACGGACUUGAAAAGAACCGGAGAGGAUGUGAAGCGCGCUAAUAAAUCCUUAACACACCUCAUCCUGAAGGUGGACAAAGACAAGAAAAGACUGACAGAGUCUGGAAACGUCGAUCCAGCGUUCCUGACCAGCAUCGUUCUGCUGAGACACGCCUGCAGGACGGCCCGGAUCGUCCCCUGGUACCGGCUCGUGGUUCUGUCCUACACGCUGGUGCUGAAACUGGCAGAGAUGCUGCAGGAUAAACUGAGGAGAGAGUCCAAAGAGGAAGAAUUUGAGACGUUGAAGCAGAAAUUGUUGGACAACAUGGUUGAAGUGCAGAAUGAAGUCAGUAACUGGAGAGAUGGACUGUUACAAAAACCACUUCUGAAAGGGGAAUCACUCACCUAUCCGAGGGAAAUUGAGAUGUGGGAUGCGCUGCUGACGGCAGAAGACUCUUCAGACGAACUAUCGUCUCCGUGGAAACAGAUUCAAAUAAAAGACCUGAAGAAGAGAAUCUCCAAGGCGAAUAAAGAGGAGGAUAAAGUUCUGGUUUGUUGCCUGGAGUCGUCGUCGGCCGCCGUGAGGACGAGCCACCGACUCGUACAGAGAUGUUUUGAUGAGCUUUGCUACGCUGCUAUCAAGACGGCGUGCCAGAGACGACAGGAAGGAGAAAUGAUGCGAAGCCUGAGUUUGAGGGUGGAAGAACUUCCAGUCGCCGUCGUCUCUUCCUUCCUGGUCGAGUCCGCGACGCGUUUUAGAGACGAUACGAUUCUGCAGCUGCUGGACCCGCAGUCGGCAUGCAACUUCCUGCUGGACAAAUACGACUGGAGCUCCAUCCAGGUGGACGAGGCUGCAGGACAGGUGGUGCUCAGAUGUGUGGAGGCCUGGAAGUUUCUGGUGGAGUCUCUUCUGGAAGGAACCGUGACGUUUGGAAACCUGCAGACCUGCCUGAAGUUCAGAGAGCAGUUCAAGAGACUCUGUCAGCAACACAAGAAAAACCCGGGGAGUUUUCCCGUUGAUGUGGAGGUCGUUUUGGAGCAGAGAGAGAAAGACCUGAACGUUUUCCUGCAGCGAAGAGAGAAAAUGGAAACUCUCAUUAAAAUGAUGGCGAAGAUUAAAGAAAGUAUCACAGUUCCAGAGAUGAAGGAUCUGGAGAAUCGUCACGCGGCGGAGCUCCGCGCCGUUAGCCUGAACGAGCUAGUGCUAGUUCAGUCCUACGAUAGCAGAGAGAACCGGAUUAAGGCGGUUCCUCCUCAAGUCCUCUGGUACAAAUCCAGUCUGAACGUCCUGAAAAUGGAGUCCGACAUGCACAAACUUCACCACAGCAACCUGGUCCUGUCGUCCUGGGUCAAACGAGCCACGGCUUUAGCCUCGGCUAACAGAGCUCUGUCGGCUAGGCCCGUUGUCCAGACGACGCUAACGCAGAUCUGCGAACACAUCUGGACUCCUCUGGUUGGAGAAUUCUCCCGCGUUGGAGUCGCCAUCGCUGAAGAAAACAUCACUCUAGAGCAGCUGGAUCGGGUUUUACUCGAGUCCGGCGACAACGGUGACGGGACGCUGAUGAAAGAGGAGCUACGACUGAUGGCGGAGAUGAUUCCCGCCGCGGACGUGGAGGCCAGAGCUAACUGGCCGGAGCUGAGACUGGAUCAGAUCCAGGAAUAUCGACGGUUCUGUCAGGCGGCGGCGGCUUCCAGCACCGUGCUGAGGAUCGCCGAGGAAAUGGAGUUGACUGGAGACUUCAGUGAAAUCCACACCAUCAGUCGACUGGAUGAAGACACGUUUAAGCAGGAGACGUCUCUGAAGGUCCUCGGGUCUCUCAGGGACCGCUUGCUCGAUGCCCGACGGCAGCUUUCCUCCGUCACCAGGACACAAACGGCUUGUCUGGACGAGUUUCUCACGAGUCAAACUCUGGUCGUCUGGGUCAAAGAGAAUCUCCGAGACAUGAGUGAGGUGAAGGUUUACGUGGACCUGGCGUCGAUCUCGGCCGGGGAGAACGACGCGGAGCUGGACCAGGUGGCCGGUUUCCACGACGCCGUGAUGGGCUACGCUCCGCUGCUCUACGCCCUCCGACCUCCGGACGGGUUCCAGGAGUUCAUGAGAUACGCUCAGCAAGUGUGGGACGCCCUCGGCCGAGACGAGAAACUCCCCGACAAACUGAAAGAGUCGACUCGACUGCUCAGCUGGCUGAAGGCGCUGAAGGAAACUCACGGCUCCGUGGAACAAUCCUCGCUGUCGUUGGCUUCCUCUAUCAACGCUAGCGGAGUUUAUCACAUCGGCUGGUCCGAUAAAAGCACACAGAAGCGAUGUCUGCAGAACAUGGUGUCGGUGACGGUGAAAAGUGGCAGAGAAGAAAAGAGCUACAAGCUGGACGACCUGCUGGAGCUUCAGAACAAACUGAUGCUCAUGUCGUCGAAGGGGGAACACGGCCGGGAACAAGUCAACCGAUUCACAGAGGUUUUUGAAGGAGUUCAGAGAGUGGGGACGAUCCUUCUCCAAAUGCAAACAUCGGGCAACAUGCUGUUCAGGGAGUUCCACGCCCAAGUCCACUGCUGCCCAACGCAGCAGCAGCCGAGCAUCCUGGUCACGAUGUCGUCCCUCAAGGGUCAACGGUUGGCGUACCAAAGCGAGGUGCUAGCGCAGCUACAGAAACUCGCCCAGUCCAUGGACGCCUGCGAGACGGAGUGGCGAGCCUUUGUCAACGACAUGCGCUCAAGAUUCGGCCUGCUGAACCACUUCACCUCGGAGCAGAUGGUAUUUUUGUGCCGGUGGAUACACAACGUCUGCAGGCGCGAGGUAUCGGUUCCCCAACAGUUGUGGCACUUGCUCUUCCCGAUAAACCCCAAGUGCUCCGUUGCGGAUAUUAGAACGGCGUACGUGAACGCAGCGAGGAUAAUAUCAAGGCACGAUGCCCUGGAACGUGUUGAGCAUCAUGAUUCCUCUGAAGAAGACAUGGAAGAAGGUCGUGAUUUGAUUGAGUUUUCCUCCGAGGACGAUGAAAACGUUGGCGCCAAUUGCGAUCGGACGGAUAAGGACGUUCUUGAGACCCUUUGGAAGCGAUUCAAGCAAGAUAUGUCGCGAUACCUGAGCGAGUCCCUGGACAUCUUGACUCUAGGCCACUUCCUGUCCUGCCUGUCGGACACCAAUCGGCUGCAGACGAUUCGAAGUCUUCCACCGGUUCUCCGGGAAGGGAAGCCGAACCUAGUGCUCUGUCCGAAUGAAGAGGUUUUCACCACCACGCUGUCUUUUUACACGAAGAGUCCGGAACAACCGCUACCUUCGGCCGACGAAGUCCUCGUGUGCAGAGAGAAAACCACCAAAGAAGAGGUUGAGAUCUUCCUCCGCCGAGCUCUCGGCAAAGGAACCCAACGAGGAGACGGAAAGAAGAUUUAUUCCCUGGUGAAACCCGGAGUCCUGGACUACGACGUCAGCGAAGCCUUGGUGGAAAUCUUUGAGAUCCUGGAGAGGAGCGCGAGUCCGAACUACCGUCUGGUUCUGGUCAGUCCGGUUGUGCACCAGCACCGAAGCGUUCCCUCCUACUUCAACAACAGCAAAGUCCAGGCCGGACUGAGUCUGACGGAGGACGUUGCCAGGAAAUAUCUACGGCACCACUUUACGUGUAGCGCGCCGUCGCAAAACCCGGCGGCGCAGGUUUCUCCGGAUCACCUCUCGGUCUGGAUGGUGUCGUCGGUGUGUCCGGCUGUAGGGAAAUCUCUCUACGUGGAUCGUUUGUUUGAGAAGUUCCAGCAGAAUUCUCCGAGGGCACGACACGUCCGGAUCCGACUGAUCGAGUCGCGCGUCGACGUAGACUCGCUGAUCACGAGUCUGUCGGAGAAACUGUCGCCGCUGAGAGAGCAGGACCCGGUUCUGCUGCACAUCGACAUGGCCGGGGUCCAGUCAGGUCUGGAGGAGCUGCUCUUCCGUCUGCUGGUCCUGGGAUGUUUAAGCGACAGCCAGGGAACGCUCUGGAGGAGGAACGGAUCUCACCUCGUCGCCGUGGAGAUCCUGAAGACAAACACGUCCCCCGAAAACCAGCCCAGGGAGAUGAGGCUUGGACUUCUCGACAUCCUGCCCACCGUUCGUUGUAGACGCCCUAGAGAAGUCAAGCAGAUGCUGGAAAAUCAAAGGGUCUCGAGGACAAAGUUCUUGGAUCCGCUCAUGGACGAGCAAGAGUUCUGCAGCGAAGGGAUUCAAAGACCCUACCAGUACUUAAACCUCUACGAGAGAAACCAAAAUCUGGACCGUUUCAACUACAAGGAAGGAUCCUGCGUCGGCGACCCCGGCGAUUGUCUCCAUCACCUCCUGUCGCACUGUGGAAUGGAAGAUCCCUCUUGGAGCGAACUGAGGAACUUCUCCUGGUUCCUCAACGUGCAGCUGAGAGACUGCGAGAACUCGAUCUUCUGCGAUCCGGAUUUCCUCGCCGAUCAGCUGCCGGGCUUCAAGGGCUUCAUCGUGAAGUUCAUGAUCCUCAUGGCGAGGGAUUUCGCCUCCCCGUCUCUGGACACGUCCAACGAGAGUCCAACGCCGGACGUCGGAAACCGCCUUGAAGACGACCUUUUGACUCGUCUGACGGUUCGGAAACGCUGGGAAAACGAGUCGCAUCCGUACGUUUUCUUCAACGCGGACCGUUCCUCGAUGUCUUUCCUGGGUUUCAAUGUGCGGAAAAGGGGGAACGCGCUAAACGCGGUCGAUCCUCACAGCGAAAGGAUUCUGAUACAGCGCGUUAUGACACAAGAGGUUUUUCAAGGUUUACAACGGCAAGGGAUUUCUCUCACCGAGGACUUCGAUCAGCUGCCCAGGUCGGACAAACUCAGACGGAUCUCGUGCGUCGUCGGUGCGCAGAAGGGAAUGACGGGCGGGGGAUUCGAUCCGGAUCCGACGUACGAGCUCACCACCGACAACGUCAUGAAGAUGUUGGCCAUACACAUGAGAUUCCGGUGCGGGAUUCCGGUCGUCAUCAUGGGUGAAACCGGCUGCGGAAAAACAAGGUUGGUCCGUUUCCUUUGCGCGCUGCAAAGGGAAGACAAACCGGUGGAGAACAUGGUUCUCGUCAAGGUUCACGGCGGAACCACGGCGGAGACGAUCUACCGAAAGGUGCGCGAGGCCGAGGCGCUCGCCGACUGGAACCGGCGGACGCACAAGCUGGACACCAUCUUGUUCUUUGAUGAAGCCAACACCUCGGAGGCCAUUUUCGCUAUCAAGGAAGUGCUGUGCGACCAAACGGCGAAAGGGGAACCUCUGAAGGUGCAAAGCGGCUUGAAAAUAAUCGCCGCUUGCAAUCCUUACAGAAAGCACUCGCCGGAAAUGGUGGAGCGUCUGGAGCGCGCGGGGUUGGGAUAUCGAGUGAAGACGGCCGAAACUCAAGACCGCUUUGGCAAAGUUCCCCUGAGGCAGCUGGUCUACCGGGUGCACCUCCUGCCGCCGAGCAUGAUGUCUCUGGUGUGGGACUUUGGCCAGUUGAGCGAUUUAACCGAGCUCGCCUACAUCAAGCAGAUCGUCAAGAAGAAGGUUGCCGAUCACGUCUUGCCGGCCGCCUGCGGUGCCGUCAUUUCAAACGUGCUGGCGGCCUCUCAGAAAUACAUGAGAAGUCGCAACGACGAGUGCAGUUUCGUGAGUCUCCGAGACGUGGAGAGGUCUAUGAAAGUGCUAGCUUGGUUUUACCAGCACAGCAACGAUAUAUUCAACAACAACCCUUUUCAUAGUGAGGAAGCCAAGACAUUGAAGUGUUUGGUUCUUGCGGUCGGAGUUUGCUACUACCCAUCUCUGGUGGACAAAGAAGAGUACCUUGCCGAAAUUUGCGUGCACUUCCCAAGUCCUCUGAACUCAGCGGCGGCAUUACAGGACGACAUUUCCUCCUGCCAAGAGUUCUUUCUUCGCAACAUUGAGACAAGGGAGACCAUUGCCAAAAACAUUGCGCUGAAAGAGAACGUGUUCCUCAUGGUGGUUUGCAUCGAACUCAAGAUCCCGCUCUUUCUGGUCGGCAAGCCGGGCAGCUCCAAGUCCCUGGCCAAAACCGUGGUCGCCGACGCCAUGCAGGGCCAAAACUCCCGCUGCGAGUUGUUCAGGAAGCUCAAACAGGUGCACAUGGUCUCCUUCCAGUGCAGCCCUCACUCGAGUCCCGAGGGCAUCAUAGGAACCUUCAGGAACUGUGCCCGUUUCCAGAAGGACAAAAACAUGGACGAGUACGUGUCGGUGGUCGUGCUCGACGAGAUUGGCCUGGCGGAGGAUUCCCCCCAGAUGCCGCUGAAAACCCUCCACCCUCUCCUGGAAGACGGUUGCGUCGACCACGACAAGCCGGAGCCGCACAUGAAGGUCGGGUUCGUCGGCAUCUCCAACUGGGCUCUCGACCCAGCCAAGAUGAACCGAGGGAUUUUCGUGUCCAGGUGGGAUCCGAGCGAGGAGGAACUCGUGGAGACCGCCAAAGGGAUUUGUUCGUCUUCCCAACAGAUUCUCUUGAAAAUCACACACCUCUUUCCGUCUUUGGCGAAGGCUUUCCUGAGCAUUUGCAAAGACACUUCGAGGAAUCAGUUCUUCGGUCUGAGGGAUUACUACAGCCUCGUCAAAAUGCUCUUCGCCACGGUCAAAGCCACGCAACGAGAGCCCGAUAAAGAGCAGCUAGUGGAGGCCAUCUUGCGCAACUUCAGCGGACAGCCGCAGAGCAUGGACUCCGUCGCGUUUUUCCGAGACGUCCUCCAAGAUCUCACCGAAGUUCCCCGACCGAGCACCUUACAGAUGGUGAGGAAAAACCUCGAUCCCGGCGCCGGCGAGGAAAGCCGCUACCUCCUUCUACUGACCACCAACAACGCAGCUCUCCACAUCCUCCAGCAAAAAGUCUUUGCGAGCGGAGGCUACCCGAUGCCCGAGAUUAUUUUCGGUUCGGGAUUCCCCAAGGACCAGGAGUACGCCCGAAUCUGUCGCAACGUCAACCGGGUGAAGGUGUGCAUGGAGACCGGCCGCACCGUCGUCCUGCUCAACAUGCAGAAUCUGUACGAGAGCCUGUACGACGCCCUGAACCAGUACUACGUUUACCUCAGCAAGCAGCAGUACGUCGAUCUGGGUCUCGGCUCGCACAGGGUCAAGUGUCGCGUUCACGCAAACUUCAGGCUGGUCAUCGUGGAAGACCAGAAGAAAGUCUACGAGCACUUUCCCGUGCCGCUCAUCAACCGGCUGGAGAAACACCGGGUGGAUCGCAGCACCGAUCUGGAACCGUGGCAGCGAAGGGUUCUGGAAAAACUGAAAGAGUGGGUUAGGGACUUCUCGGGCGAAGCCGACGAGGAUUUCAAGUUAUCUGACAUUUUCGUCGGCUUCCACGACGACGCGUGCGCUAGCGCUCUGUUGACAGCACUCGAAACGAGAAGACGCCGAUGUCAGGACGAACCGAAAACACUUGAUAACAAGGUGGACGAUGAUCAAUUUGUUGACAUGGACAUUGAUGAGGAAGAUCAAACUUCCGAAAAAAUGGACUGUGAAUCUAUCGACGUAAACGAGGAUACGCUAGCGACGGAAGAAGAGGAAGUCUUGGAACGAGCCAAGCACCUGUUGCUGGACUGCGCAACCCCCGACGCCGUCGUUCGGCUCAAGAACUCCGACUUGUCCAACGAGGAGAAGGAGAAACUCCAGAGACGCUACUUCUCGCAACAGCAUCACCACUCGCUUGGAGAUUUCCUGGGCGACUGCCGACGAGAGAAUCAGGGGUCUGUCAAGUUUCUGGAGAUCACAACGUUCUCCAGUUUGUUGACUAGAGCCGAUGUGAGGGUCGUGGCCAACGCUUUGGGAAUGAAAACCGACAGGAUCCUCCUGCUGUCGCUGCACCAGUUUGAUACUGAAGUUUCCUUCUGCAACAAAAUACGGGGUUUUCUCCAGGAUAUCAGCCAGUCUCUCCACAUGCUGAUCAUCCAGAUGGACCUGGAGGAAUCCCAGUGCUCCGACGAGCUCAUCGCAUCAGCAAAGUACUGCACCAUGAACUGCAUCGUAUCAGCCAACGGUCGGGCCUGUUGGGUGAUUUUCAUGGUGAAGGUUUCACGGAUCCCGACUCAGUCCCAGUACAUCGGUUUCCAGGGAGGAUUCUGGAGUUCGGUUCACAUCGACGACCUGAGAGAACCAGAGGACAUGAGUCUGAACCUGCAGGAUUUCUGUGGAACGUUGAUGAGCAGCCUGUUGAAACCUGCCCCGCCAGCGCCAGAAAAUACCAAAGACGGUGAAAAACAGACGACAGGAAACGACAGCGAUGCCGACGUGGCUCGUCUCCACAGCGUUUCUCUGGUCCGGUCCUGCGUCCAGAAGGCCGUGGGUUUGCUGAGGGAUCCGGACAACGUGGCGUCCAGAGGGAUGAGGAGGAUGAACGUCCUGCUGAUGCUGCUGGCUGACGAACAAAACCACAUCGGAGCGGAGUUCCAGAGAGUUCUGUUGGGUCGGCUAGCGGAGUUCCAGGCGCAGAGAGAAAUCCUGAUGGGGAACCCGAAGGACUGGGUUCUGACGGAGGCCAGAAAACCCCGGGCCCUGCAGGAGGGGGGGACUCUGAGACACACGUUGUGGCGGCGUCUCCAGUCCUCCGUGACUCCGAUGCUGGUGCAGCUGCUGGAACUCACAGACAGAUACUCCAACCUGGACCUGCUCUGUGACGAGAGACUCCAACCUGCACUGAUCCAGCUGUGGAUGGAAAUCCUGGAGGAUCCACAGAUCCUGACGCUGACGCCCCUGCACAACACAAGCGAGUCUGAUCGGGAGGUUCUGAUGCAGAACUUCUUCCUCCUGGACGGGGAGGAACAUUCCUGCUCCGCUCCGUUCAGCUGGAUCGUCAAAAAUCACCUGGAAAUCCUGUGGGAGGAAACGGAGUUCAUGCCAGUAACGGAGAACGGCUGCACCGAGCGGAUCCUGAAGUUCAUCAGCAGCUUCAACAGCAGCCGGUUGGGCGGAUUCCUCCAGAAACUCCCGGAGAUCGAACGGUCGGAGUACGGACUGCUGUUUCUGCACGACUUCCUGCUGCUGUCGCUGGAGAUCAAGACCAAGGACCAGCUCCAGGUUUUCUCCGGAGCGCUGCAGGGCUGCGUGUCGGAGCUCCAAGAGUUGGUGGGAGAACCAGCUGAACUCUCUCCUGCUUGGAUCGCGGCAGCAGCCAAACAUUUCUCAGCCAAACUGGACCUGCUGAUCCACGUCUUCCUCCUGCAGCCUCAGUUAGCCGCAGACGUUCUCCAGCGAUGCUCCAGGAGGACCGACCCGCUGGGAAUGGUGGAGGACGUUCUAGCUCUGGGCGUCAGCGUAGAUCAGACGAAGCUUCUCCCCCUGACGUCGGUCGGCGACUGCCGGUCCUUCGUGAGCAGAGUGGAGUUACUGCAACCGUGUCUGGACCGAGCUCUGAGCCAGAAAUACGCCGCGCUCUGCAGCGCCACCUACCUGCAGCACCUGGCCUCCAUCAGGUCGUCGUGGGACGGGUUGUUAGCCGUCGCUUCCUUCAUCCAGCACAUUCUUUUCAAGAUGGAACAAGACGACUCCAGAUUGAAAGGACUGGCUCUGAAAUACUGCAACCAUCUUCUGAAUCACAUGCAAGAGUCUCCUGAGAUACGAAGUGUGGAUUCUCUGCAGCAGCUCAUCCGUGUCCUCAACUCCUUCCACGACGAGUGCAUGAGCAGAGAGCUCAGGUUCGGCGUAUCUUGUCCCGUCUGCCUGUCGGAGCUCAGAGAUCCAUCACUUCUUCCCUGCCAGCACGUCGUCUGCCUGUCGUGUCUCCAGACCUGGAUUCAGAAACGCAAAACUUCCUGCCCCGUCUGCAGACACGAGCUGCCGGAAAACUUUCACCCAGCUGUGUCUGCUCCAGUCAGGUCUGCGCUGGAGCGGCAGGCGGCCGUCAGACGCAGCUGUAACUCCUUCUUCCUGGAAGUCGUGUCCAGAUCCUGCCUGUCCGAAGGGCGGAGCCCCGAAAACGGAGUGAUAGAACUUCUCUUCUCCCUGCUCAUCUCUGCCAGCGGAGACGUUUACCGCACCAGAGCGCUAACGCCGUUCCAGGACUGCGUGGACAACAGCCCGGUGGUCCGAUCGGUGCUGCCCAAGCUGCUGCUGCAGCACAGUUUUGAGCAGGUGAAGACGCACAUCCAGGACUACCUGAAGAACCUGGAGGACAAACUGCUGGACACGGGGGACCGGACGGAACUCUAUCAGCUGUUUGUAAACUGUUUCCAGGAUUCUCUGUUGUGCUCAAACGUGGGGGGAGUAAGUCGGAGAGAAGAGCAGCAAGCAGACAUCGGAUUUCUGAGCAGGAUUGCCAGGAAACAGACUCCGGGGAUAAACCAGGACCCGGCGGAGUUCCUGCUCGACGUAGCCAAGCUCAAAAUCUGCCUCCGCACCGCCGCCGAGCUGCUGACGGGAGUGGAGAGUGACGGGCGGAAGUUCCUGGAGCAGAUCAGGGCGGUGUGCGAGUACUCCGGCAACGACUGGCUGAGGGUUUUCCUGCUGCGAUCCGUCCUCCGACACUCGGGCGUCGACCACAUCCUGUCCCUGCUCAACCGUCCGGACCGCCGCUGGAUCUUUCCUGCAAACCUGCUCCGGCUUCAGAGGGCGAUGCCCACCAACGUGGACCACUACCUCUGCUGUGGAGUUUCCUACAGGGAAAUCAGAGACGCUGUGACGCAGGUUCUACUGGAGAACCGGACCCACAGCUUUGUGACGGAGCUGCAGAAGCUGAGCGGCGCGAAGGUUAGCUUGGUGGCGCUGGCCGUGUUCAGACUCAUCACCUGCCGCUACAGGUCACCUGACGCCAACGCACAUCCGUCUCCACAGGAAAUAGCCCGAAUGGACGAGCUGCUCACGAACAUCAGCUCCGCGGAGUUCAGAGAGUUCUGCUCGUCUCUUCUGGUCAACCGUGUCGGCGGUCCGAGGUCUGAUUUCAGCAUCAGCUCGACUCUUCCGGCUCAGAGACAAACCGUCCUGGAGUUACUGGUUCAUCUGGACUCCGUGUUGGUGUGUAAAAGUCCCGCGCUGCUUCCUCUCCGUCAGAUCGCCUUCGAGCCCGAGAAAGCCAUGAAUUUUUAUCUGCCAACGAUGCCGGACGACCACACGGGCGACGCCAGGAAUUGGUUGAGCAGAGAAAGUAAACUCACGAUGUAUCUCUGUGCCAACGGUCAUCCGUGCUUCGUGGGAGAGUGUGGAAGACCAAAGCAACAAUCAAAAUGUGCAGACUGUGGAGUUCCUAUCGGUGGGACACAAUACCAGCCGGUCCAGGGCUUCACUAGACAAACCCAUCAGAGAGAUCAGACUCGGACGGGACAUAUUCUCGGCGAAGCUCAGCGAAGAUCUGAAGCUCCGGAGAGACAGAUGACGUCGGCUCAGUCCGGGAUCCUGCGGCUGCUUACGCACCUAGCCAUGCUGCAAGGAACCGUAAGGAACCUGAAGAAAGUCGGUGACAUGAUUCAUCCCAGACCAAACGACGUCCUGAUCUUCCUGUGGAAUCAUCUGGAGAAGGAUCUGAAGGUUCUGGGUCGAGUUCUGGACCAGAACACCGACAACACGGCAGUGACGCUUCAUCUGAUCCUGACCAGAUUCACAACAGGUGGUCGUAAUCCAGGCCUGGAUCUUUCCUCCAGACAGAACCGACAGCAUUGGGAGAAACUCGUCUGCGACUCCGCCGUCAAUCCAGUUCUGCAAAACUUGCAGAGGAACGUGGCUGAAGCUCAGGCCAGGAUCGGCGCUGACGGAGGACUAGCCGGCAGCCCGUUGAUGACUCUGCUCUACGGAGAUCCUGCAGAGAUGCUGGCGCUGCCGGCCGACUGCCCCACGCAGCGCUCGUCCUUCUGGACGCUCCGCGAGACCGUGACGGUGGAACGAUUCUCUCAGCUGGUCGGAGAAGAGAAGGGACCCGGCGAUUUAACUCUGCUCAGAUUGUUCAUGAAGAAGAUCCACUGCGUGCGGCAGCUGCACCACCUUCCUGAACUCGCUGCUCUGCAGUCGGAUGUGUUGAGGGUUUCUCAGCUGACGGCAGCUUCUGCUCCUUUCACCAUUUCACAGAUAUUACAGCAAAUUCCUGCAGGAAACCAGAAGAAAACGCUGACGGAGAGAAUGGAGAGAUUUAUCAGAGUUUGGAACAAACUCAGAUCUGAGGUGGCAAAUAACGCAACGGAUCUGGGGGUGGACGUGAGUCUCUGUGAGACGGAGGUGACGGCCGAGAGCACGAUGGAGUAUCUGACGCCGCGGCGGCGCGGAGCCGGUUCCUGCCUCCGGAUUCUGCUGGACUUCCUGGCAGAAACUCACAACGGCCUGGUGAGGGAGGAGCGGAGAUCCAACCACCAGGAAGAAGACAGAGAGUUCAGCGUUCCUCUGGAGAGGAUAUCGGAGACCCAGCUGACUCUGGUCCACCCCGAGCGAGAGCUGCUGCCUCUCGUUUUAUCAAACUGCAACUACGUCCUGGAGAAAGGCGGCGAGACGGACGCCAGCUACGACUUUCCCGGAAUCCAGACCCAGCUGGCUCGCCGCUUUCUGGCCGGAAAACCGCUCAUCAAAACGAGCAACUCCAGGUAUCUGAACCGACACCUGCAGGAUUUCUCCGUCGUUCUAGCUGAAGUCAGAGAAAAGAUCCAUCAGGAACCACUGAAAGGUUCCGUUAGCAGCGCCGUGAGAGCGGUUCUCCGUUCCUUCACGGACGUCUGCGACGCUGUGAUCGUGGUGGAGAUCGGACUUCGUUUCCUCGGGAAGACCGGCGGGGAACCCAAGGUUCCACUCCUGUCCUACCUGACGGAUACGCUGCAGAUGGAACCCAACAUUUCCACCAUCGUUGCCAAGGGCCUUGCAGAGAGUAAACUGGAGCACAGCGUGUUCACCUGGCAGCUGCUCACCUGCUGGAAAUCUGAGCUCAUGCUCAACAAGAAGCAGGAUCCGUUUCCUCGUCUUCCCCCGGAGUUCCAGCAGAAGCUGCAGGAGAAUCAGAGGAAAAGCUUGAAGGUUUUCUUCUCCGUCACCGACGUUCACGCUUUCGCUCUGGAGCUGCACGAGAUUCUGCUGCUGAAGACGAGCAGGACGUCGGAGGACGGAUACCAGCCGCACUGGGACAUCAAGUCCACCCUGGAGGUUCAUCUGGAGCGGAAGUUUGUCCCUCCUCUGCUGGGACUGGAAACCUUCCCGGAGGACGUGACGCUGGGACAAGGAGCCGCCGCCUGGAGGACGGCCCUGGAAUAUAAACACCGGGAUUAGAGACGGCCCUGGAAUAUAAACACCGGGAUUAGGAUUAACCCUAACCCUGGAAUAUAAACACCGGGAUUAGAGACGGCCCUGGAAUAUAAACACCGGGAUUAGGAUUAACCCUAACCCUGGAAUAUAAACACCGGGAUUAGGAUUAACCCUAACCCUGGAAUAUAAACACCGGGAUUAGGAUUCCCGGCAGGAAAACCAAUCAAAAUGAGGGGAUCAGAUGUAUUCUGUUGUCCCCGUUUGAUUGAGAGAUACUGAUUGAUCAGUUUGCUUGCUUUGUACUGUUUUACCUGUUGAUGGGAUGUGAGGGGUCCUUGCACGCGUCACUACUAAACACUGGAGCAUCGGACCAAGACUUUUUAGAGCUUUAUUACACAUUAGAUCAGGAGUCUUCAACCUUUUUUAGCCCUUGGACGAGAGAAAAACAGAGCAGGUCCCGCUUGGAAUUCUUAUCUUUCCCUUUUUUUUUAAUGUGUCAAGUUUUAAGCCUGGCUUAUUUUUUUUUACCUCACAAUUUAUUUUGGUUAAAAUUGCCUUUAUUUCUUAAAUUGGAGGACUCCUGCAAUACCUCUGCGGCCCCCUAGGGGUCGCCAACCCCAGGUUGAAGACCCCUGCAUUAGAUAGUUCUUUAUUUGCACAGACUACUGCCACGGACGCACGUGUGGAGAAACUUAAAACUGUCUAUUUUUCUAUUGUUGGACCUUUUUUUUUCUUUUUUUCUGCAAAAUGUAG